GAAAUCAGGCCUCAGACAACUUCAUCGACCUCGAUCACGCCCCAGGUGCUGUCUUUAUUAUCUCGUUCAGCUUAUAGAUCGAUCGAUUGUCGCCGUCAUAAUGUCUGUGACUUGCCGUUUUUACGAGAACAGGUUCCCGGAGGUGGACGAACUUGUCGUUGUCAAUGUCAGACAAAUCGCUGAGAUGGGAGCUUACGUCAAGCUUUUGGAGUACGACAACAUUGAGGGAAUGAUUCUGCUGUCCGAGUUGUCUCGCCGUCGUAUCCGUUCCAUUCAGAAGCUUAUCCGAGUUGGACGGAAUGAGGUUGUCGUUGUGCUCAGGGUAGACAAGGAGAAGGGUUACAUUGACUUGUCCAAGCGCCGAGUUAGCCCAGAGGAUAUCCUCAAGUGUGAGGAGCGAUUCAACAAGUCAAAGGCUGUUCACUCCAUCUUGAGACACGUCGCCGAGAAGCACGAGGUUUCUUUGACUGAGCUGUACGAGACCGUCGGCUGGCCUCUGUACAAGAAGUACGGACACGCAUACGACGCUUUCAAGUUGGCCAUUUCCAACUCUGAGCAAGUGUUUGAGGGUCUGACAGCAUCAAAGCCCGAGAUUAUUCCCGACCUCCUCACCCAGAUCGCCCGCCGCCUUACUCCUCAAGCCAUCAAAAUCCGUGCCGAUAUCGAGGUUACGUGUUUCGGUUACGAGGGUGUCGACGCCGUCAAGGCCGCACUCAAAGCCGGCGAGAACAAGGACAACGUGGACGCGCCUGUCAAGGUCAAGCUUGUCGCUCCCCCCUUAUACGUCGUUCUCACCAACGCACUGGACAAGAACACUGGUAUUCAAGCUUUGGAGGCAUCUAUUGAGACUAUUAAGAAGAGUAUCGAGGCGGCUGGUGGAAAUUUGGUUGUGAAGAUGAAGCCUCGGGCUAUCAGUGAGACUGAUGAGCUCGAGCUUGCCGAGCUUAUGGCACGUAAACUCCAGGAGAACGCGGAGAUUUCUGGUGAUGAGGAUGAGGGAAGCGAUGUUGGCGAUGCCGAGUAGAGACUUUACGCGGAUCAAAAGCAAAAGAAAAGAAGGAGAAUAUCCAUCAAGAUAUCAAUAAAUCAGGUUUACCAUAUUUAAGGUUAUCUCGGGC